GGACCCUGCGCUGAGGAAGUUCACUUCAACCACCGCCGCAGAUCACCGCAGAUUCGAUACUAGAUUUUUUUUUUUUUUUCACCAACAAUGGCAAAAAAAGCUGCGCUGCCAUAAAUGCCCGUCUGUACACAUUUGGGAGUUAUUUCAGACGAUAAUGCUGGAUGGUUGCGCUCAUGAAAUUCACCAGAGAUAUAUGCUGGCUCUUGGGACUCGGGAGCGGUCCCCCUGUCCAGGAGGAGCACAUGGACUGUGGUCCCACGGCCUCUGACCUGGGCGACGAUGUCGAUCUGUCACAGGAUGGAGUCAAUGGAGAGGAGGAGCUUAGUGAGGGGGAGAAGGUCAGGAGAAGAGCAGAGCGGCGUAGAGCAAAGAGAAAACGUCGUAGAAAAAGGAAGAAGCAAGGGCAAAUUAAGCAAAAUGACCAGGACGAUGAGGAGGAAGAAGCCGGUGGAGAAUCUGAGCUGGAUGAAAGUGAUUCUGAGGCUGAAGACGUGAAAGAUGUUCAGAAGGAAGUGAAACCUGUUGCUGUAAACAAGCCAACAACCACUACUACAGUAACUGCAUCUCCAGGAAUAAAAGCACAACAGAAAAACCAAAGCCAAGCCAAAUCUGCAGAAGAGGAACCGGAAUGGGACGUAAGCAGUGCCUUCUUUGCCAAUGCUGCUAGCCAUAUCAGACCCAAAGUUACAAGUCGCAAAUCAAGGGACAACAAGGAAAACGAAACCAAGAAAGAGACAAAUGGACAUACUGACAUGAUGAGUAAGAAAAGCGCCUCGUUAACGGAAAAAGGGAUUAAACUGGUGCAGGAGGGGCAGUAUGCACAAGCCGUCACAAUGUUUACAGAAGCUAUUAAAUGUGAUCCAAAGGAUUACCGGUUCUUUGGGAAUCGCUCUUAUUGCUACAGCUGCUUGGACCAGUUCCCCCAGGCCUUGGCCGAUGCUGAACGCUCCAUUCAGCUGGCACCUGAUUGGCCAAAGGGGUACUUUCGCAAAGGUAUAGCGCUUAUGGGCAUGAAGAGGUACAGUGAAGCUGAAAAAGCAAUGGAAAAGGUGCUGAGACUGGACAAAGAUUGUGAGGAGGCUGUCACGGACCUAUUUAACUGCAAAGUACUGCAGUUAAUGGAGCACGGUUUGGAUGAAUUGCAAAGUGUUUAUCUACUAGAGAAAUUUACAACAGUUCAAGCUGUGUUGUCAUCUUGUUCAGAUGCUGUAAAAGGCACCGCACAAGAUCCAUUGGCAUUACAAACAGGCCCUUGUCCUUCUCUCUGGGUUGGCAAUGUAACAACUGAGCUUACAGAAAAACAUAUUUUGGAUCUCUUUAAAACGUGUGGGGAAAUUGAAAGUAUUCGCGUUCUACAUGAAAGAUUCUGUGCUUUUGUUAAUUUUAAAGACACAAACAUGGCUGCCCGGGCCAUGGAGAAACUGAAUGGUUAUUGUAUUGAGAACACUCGAUUAGUAGUCCGCUAUCCCGACCGCCGUACUCCAAGAACCUUUCAUAUGCCACUUAAGAACUGUCUUUCUCUCACACAACAAGCUGGGAUGUCUGCUGGAGCGAGACGUCGUGGGCCAGUGAAUGGAGACGAGUGUUACUUCUGGAGAACCACCGGCUGCCAUUUUGGGGAUAAAUGCCGCUAUAAACACAUUCCAGAUCAGAAAGGCAAGGACAGGAAACCAUGGCAACCUUGAACUUGGUUUGUUUACGAUCUCAGAGGACUUAUAGACAAAACUUAAAUGCCGGUACCAUCAGACUGCCAGAGUGGACUCACUUAAUUUAAGGAUCAAUCGAUUUAAUUCAGGAUCUCAAGUGUUCCCUGCACAGCUCAAAGGAUACUUGUUUUGCCUUAACCAAAUGGAAUAAUGCAUAAUAUGAGUCAAGGUAGGUGGGAAAGAUCAAAUCAUAGUCUGUUUGUGACACUUCUGCCCUCUCGAAUGUAAUUCAAUCAAUCCUCACAUUAGUAUUUGGUCUGUCUGGUCUCCUCUUCAUACAGAAAGGACCAGUAUAGCAAAAGUGAGUGGCUUUGGGAAUGCUUAAUAAGCUCCAUGAAGUACCUCAUUACCACCUUCAAAUUUAUUUCAAACUAUUAGGACAUGGAUGUAAAAUCUGCAUUUUGAAAUUUACAAAAAGUACAUUUUUUUUGAGAGAUCCUUGGUUAUUUCCACCAUGUAGCAAGAUCUUAAAAAGUAUUUGUAAAUGUAUCGUUUUUUACAUUUGGUAACUUUUAAGAACCCAAAACAUUUUGUAUUGUUGGUUACCAGUGAAUAUUUUAUUUUUGUUCGUAGUGUCCCUCUUGUUGAGAAAACUAUAUCAUAGAUCCCACAGUUUUGCAGCUCGGCGCUGGACUGUUGUCAGUGACAUGUAAAUACAACUAAAUCCUCCUGUUGAUAAACAAAUUGUCUUUACUCAACUACAUUUUGCUGUUCAGGUUCUGAAAACCUUGUGCUUUCCCAACCCGCUGUGCACAGUAUUGUCUAAUCUGAUUCACUGUUGAACUUUAGAAGCAGUGUUGUGACCCCAGAGCCUCAGUUUCAGUAUUUCACUUCAAAUCAAGGCAUGUGGCCUCUAAUGGCUCUGCACUGAAACCCCCUUGUCUGAUGCACGUGAACACUAAACAGCACAUUACUCUAAUCACAUCUGGUUCAAGUCCACACUACGGUCACUAGCAAACUAUGCUCUGCAUAGAAUAAGUAUUUAUUUUUAUUUAUACCUUUUUGUUUUUAUAACAAUGUAACUUGGGGCAUCUUCUGCCUGAUGUACUGUCUGUUAUGUCUAAUAAUCCUCUUAUUUGUGCACUGUCAGAUACUAGUUCUCAGUCAGCGUUGCUAUUGUUUUUGUGGUUGUAAGCAUUUGGUACAGAUACAUCGCAUGAUGCACUUCUGCAUUUUUGUAGUUCAUUCUGUGGCUAAAACCUCAAAAAGGAAUUGAUCAGCAAACUUAUAACUACAUUCUUGUGCACAUCUCCUGACUCGCUUACAUUUAUUUUCUGCCAAUGCCCUGUUACUUGGGUACAAUCAUAGUAGCUGUUUUCUAUUUCAAAAUUUUAAAUGUACUGUUUUUUAACAUUUCAAUGUCCCUUCAAAAAUUCUAAUGUAUACUAGAACAUUGCACACUUUGUCUUCCAGUUAUUACGUGUUACUCCACUGCAAACAAAAUCUUUUUAUAUCUAAUAAAUAUAUAUUGGAAAC